GCUUCGGCACAUUUAACAUCGCAGCAUUUCUCAUCAUAAACCUCACAAACUUCAUCAUGAAAGACAAAAUCCAAACUAUUGAUGCAGUAAAGAACAAAGACGUAUCACUGGUAGGCUACCGUGCCACGCCCACAUCCUUACGUUGAUGAGAUGUUUGACCAAUCAGAGAGAGGAUACGGGGGCGCCGGUCAUGUGUCAGGACCGGGAUCACCAUGUUUGAAAUGUUUUGUCAUGUACCCUAACUCGCAUUUGCUAAUGUGUUUGUAUGUCAACCUGGAAAAUCACGAGAUAUUAUUAUCAUCACAACAUUAAAAGUCGCUGGACAUUAUGCGGUCAAAUCAUUCACCUCUCACCCAACUGGAGCCAAUCCAGAGAAUCUACUAAAUACAAAAUAAAUAAAAUACAUGUAUUUUAUCUAGGACAAGAGAAUGCAAAUAUAUAUUUGAAACAUUGCAAAGUUAAAUAAUAUAGAAUAAAUGUAUGUAAUAAAGUACUCAACGUGCCAAGUAGCCUACUAUACGUCAAAAAAAAGACAGUAGGCAGAUGUAAACAGUUAGGCCUAUUAUAAAGAUUAAGUUGACGUCAAGCUGUGAUAUCAUGUCAAGCAUGCGAAUUAAAUUAAGGUCAAACGUAAAUUAAAGGUGUCCUUGUUGAGCAGCUGUAAAACGACAAUAAGUAUUUUUUUAUUCGAAUUCAACAUUAUUUUAAAUAUUAACAAAGUGCAAUAGAUGUCAGUGUUGUAGUAGGCUAGCCUACUCGAAACCGGUCUUGGUCUCGAGACCGGCCGCAAGACCAUUUUUUGGUGGUCUCGACUACAACUCUAGAUGUCAUUGAGAAAGUUGUGCUUUAACGCAAAAAUCAGAUAAUAAUGCAAUCAUUCAUAAAAUGCAUCCACUUUUAUUAAAGAUGUUAUUCAAACUACGUCAAACGAGUAGACUGAAGUGACGUGUGAAAUAGGACCAUUGCGCAAAGUAAAACGUCUCGAGACUGCCCCCUUGAGGACAACGAUGGAAAUAUAUAUUAAAUCCUGUUUCCUACACAAAAGGUUAGUAAGCUAGAAGCUAGAAGUAAAAUAUGUGUCCUAAGUCAGUUUGAACUGGAAGACUGAGCUAUAAUUACCGUCACCACACAUACCUAUUAUUGCUUUUUUAAUGUGCUAUUCAAGCACUUAAGUAUACAUUUAAACUGCAAGUAUAGUGCAAACUUCAAAUAAAGCUACAUUCACCCUGAUGAAAACAACAGCUUGAUUUGAACUGAUUUAGAAUCUUACAAAUAUAAACUAACGACAAGUACUUAUGGGAAUAAAUGAACUUGUACAUUUUUGUUUAAUUCUCAAAUUUUUGGCAGCAUAUUUCAGGGGGUUAACACAUACAUGACGUGAGUCAAUAAGCUGAACAUAUAUCUAGAAUAGAUGUAAUACAAUAAGAAUAUAAUUGAAGAAUUUGAACAUUAAUGUUUUACCAAUCUUUUACUGCAUCACGGUUUAUUGACAUCCAGUUCAAGUCCGUGUUACCUAACAGGGCAAGCAGAGACGCAAGAGGUUUUUGAAGAGCGUCAUCGUGUGAAAGAGGAGAAGACCCCGUGUUGCACGAGAAACUCUCGUGUGUGGUGUAUUGUAUGCCUGUGCUCUCGUUUACAAAGUUGUUAUUUUAUGUUGUUUAUGAUUGGCCAGAAAUACUUGCCAAUGCUGUCGUCAAAACAAACUACACAAGAAAAACAUUAAAUGUCUUGAUAAUAGCAUUUUUAGUGGAGGAAAAUGAUAUAUGUAUAAUAUGAGAGAUAAUGGAUCUGAUGAAAGAAUGAUGGAUCAGGUGGUCCACUAUGAAGUUUGGACGUGACCGUGAGAUUGUUUCAAUUAUUUGUGAACAUGGAUACAACUGAGGUGAGGUGUGUUUGAGAAAUGUGCUCCAUUUGUCUUGCUGGAAGGUCCGUGUUUUAUUUGCUUCCAAUUAUCGUCACAAUAUUUGUAGAGGGGAAGGAUGAAAGGAAAUGAGGAUUGUAAGAUGUUUAGGAAAUGUUGAAAUUCACAACGCAACAACAUGAUAUGGGGAAGUUCAAAUGUCUUUGUAAGUCUGAGAAUGGAAAGUCAAUCCCAGACAGUUGCUCGCCACCAGAAACAUCACAACUCAUAUCAUGCUGAGUAUCAUCGUGCUACUGUUAGAAGUCCAAGGUAUCAGCUGCUUAUGGACGGUAAGCAAGAUAACAGCUAAAAGUGGGGGCUUCGUCACCAUUCCCUGUCACUACCACCGUCUGUACAGGGACAACCCUAAAUACUGGUGCAAAGGAAGAAACUGGUUAACUUGCGUGACCAUGCAAACCGCCGACCAAAAGGAGAAGCGGCCAGGCGUCAGCUUUCACAACAACCAAGAUGAACUGGUAAUAACCAUGACUAUGACGAACCUCCGCAGCAGUGAUUCAAACCGUUAUUGGUGUGCGGUGAAAAAGAGAGGUGUCCUCCGAUCAGACAUCGGGACAUCUCUAGAACUCACCGUCACUGAGGGUAUGCCAGAUCUGUCAGUGGCCAGCAGCAUGGUGUCAAGUGUAGAAGGAGGCAAUAUUACAGUCGAGUGUCUCUACAGUAAAAAACUCAGAGAUGCUGAGAAGAAGUGGUGCAGAAGUGGAGAUCGACACUCCUGUCAAACGGCUCAGGAUAUAGAGCCUUCCCCUGACGCGGCUGUACAGAUAAACGAUACAAAUGAUGGAGUUUUUCGAGUGAUGUUAACAGGACUGAAGAAGACAUAUGCCGGCUGGUACUGGUGUAUGGCUAGGGAACUACAGGCCCCGGUUUAUAUUAACAUCACUUCUGUGCAUGCCAGUACAACUAACACAAGACCCUCCACAUCUACCGUGGCACCUUGGUCACCCUACACUCCAAUACACUUGUUUACUGUUUAUCCAUCAACACAUUCCUCCUCACCGACAUCUUUUGAUGUAAACAACCAUAAUACAGAAGCAACAAUGUCACCCACAACAUCCGAAUUACCUGAGAGGACUUCAUAUAAACAAUGGCAGAUAUCUACAGCAUCAUCAGAGCAGCUUUCUUCUACGGUAUAUUCCUCAACCUAUCCAACCACAAAAAACAGCAGCUCAUCUCAUUGGAGCGGAAUUACACUGCCAACCAGUAGAUCGGCUACUACAAAUGUUGGGAGUGGUAUCUCUGCAGUUACGGUAUCAUCUGAAGAUCUUAAAUCUGACUUUAAGGGCAGAGAUCGUAUGUGGGUGAUUGUGCUUUGUGGAGCAUUGCUUCUAUUAGUUAUUCUACCUGGAAUUUCUUGGAAACUGUGGUCAUGGCAUAAGAAAUCCAACACAAGAGAGGACGCCACAGAAAUAACAGCAGAGGUCCUUACAAAUGAUGACAGCGAUGAUCUUCUGAACAAUGAGUGGACAGCUACUUCUGUUGCCUGGAUCAACACAGGCUCAGACAUUAUAAUAAUAACCCGUUGUGAAGAUGAGAUCUCUGGAAUUGAAAUAUAAAAACAGUCUUUCGUUUACACCAUGUGAUGACUAGAGCUGGUACUGGGCACCUGUUAUGUAUAGGCCUACAUCAUUGUUUUUUUUAAAUAACAAUUGUAAAGGCUUCUAUUACUUUUCACAAUUUUAAUAAUAUAUAUAUUAUUGUUUUAUUUGCAUUUUUAUGCUCGUUGCGUUAUGCGUUGGAUGGAUGGACUGUGUCCUUUAAUUUCGACCAAAGUGAAAUACUCUUAUUUUGAAGUACUCCCCCAUAAAAGGCGAUUCCUCUGCGGAUGACAGCAACACGUUGAUUAAAUCUUCCAAAAGUUUGUGGUUUUAUAUUAUAAACAUUAUUUAUAAGGUUAGUGCAUUUAAAACAAACUGUUGGUUAUUUAGAUAAUAUUGGUUCGCUUACAUUUUUCCCGAAAUUGCAAAAGUUAUUUCACAUCUUUGUAGCCUCCUCGAUUUACAGGACUUUGAGAGUGAAAGAACCUUCUUCAUAAAUGCAACGAGUUGGCUAAAAAUCCAAUGUAUCCAUACGAUCAUUUUGGUGUGUUUCGUAUUUUCGUGUAUUUAUAAAUUAUUUAAUUGUUCUCAAAGUAAACAGCCAAACACAACAUUAUCGGUGUUGUUAAGAGCGGCCACAAGAUGGCGCCCUCUCCACGUAGAUUUUACAACGUCCCUGUAGAAGUCUUUGUGCUCGGCGGCCAUAUUUAGUCAUAUAAGACCAAGUCCUAUUCAAUUGAACGGCAGAAGACUAAUAUCGUUAAAUCCCUAUGUAAGGUCACAAUAAAGCAGCACAUUUCCCACCAAAACAUUAAACCGGCCAUCAAUUGUACCAUAUAUUAUCCUGUUUCCUAAACUCAAUCUGAGUUUACGAAACAUCUCCCCACGUUGCUUCCGCUACUGCGCAUGCGCAAUGGCAAAGAUUGACAGGUACCUCAAGUGAGCGUCGCACUUGUCUUCAUUCAUAGUCAUUCUACUUGCUAAUAUCUAUAGUCUUUGCUUUAGCUGUCGCGUAUUAGUGCGUGUGAGUUAUUAACAUGCCCCAGUUUGACAAGUUUUCACAUGUUUCACAAACAAAGCUCUGAUAUGGUGUUUAUUUCGUUAAAGGGAAAGUUUGUGCAUGCAUGAGUUUAUACUGGUACGGUGUUUUAUCGGUUUCAUCAAGCAACUGGGUGUGUGGGAGUGUACUAAUAUGCACUCCAAAUGUCUUAAAGUGCACGUCUGUUGAUGAAGGAAAGUAAAAAAAUGAUUUGGGACAAACUCAGUUUUUGGACCGCUGUAUUUCUAAAAUUGUUUACUAUAGCUUGUUUUUCUAGUCUUGUCUUAUUUGUUUUGUAGUUUAAUUCCUGAUUCUGGUGUUUUGUGUUUAGUUAGUUAUUUGUUUAGUUAAAGCUUUUCUGUUUUCAAAAAUCGUUGCAUUUAUCCCUCUACAAUCAUGGUUUGGUGGUGUAUGAUGAUGAUAUGAUUAAAGUUUAACUGACAUUGAAGCAUUGUAAAUUUACCUUUGCUACGUCAGAACUGAGGCAGCGGCCCUAUCAGGUAAUGUCUUUGCACACAAAGUCGUGACACUUUGUCUGUGACGUAAAGACUAUAGAUAUUAGCACACCCAGAAACCGUUUCAGACUGUUUUAUUUCCUGGAAUCCUUUCUGAGACCAUUUCCCUUAAAUGACACGAGACGCUUUCACGUAAACAGUCUUUUCUGUAAAUUAUUCGACAGCAUUUUUUAUCGUAUUUUGUUCUGUAUUGUGUGUGUAUCUUGACAAUCAUUCUGUAAUUUUCUUCAUGAACUUUGAAACCGUAUAAAUUUGUUCCAGGAAACCGUUUUGCAGUACUACUAUAACUGGUCCUUCUGGAUAUGUCACGCUCUCUAGUAUUUGUGAAGCACUACAUAUCUGAAGAGGAAAUGUUUUUUGUUAACAGACACCAACUGGUGGCUGUCGUGUGUCUGUUAACUCAAGUUCAACAACGUUUUUUAUCACCCGUUUUUGCAUAAUUCCAUACGAACCGGCUUUGUAAAGAAGGAACCUUUCACAUUCUGUAGAAAAGUGGUGACUUUAUGCUCAAUGCAAUAAAUGAUUGACUGUGUGCGUCUCAAACCAUUCCAUAGCUCAUUACGGUGUGUCUAGUUACGGUAUCUAUUCUUUGUUCUGUGGAACAUGUUUGCCCUUAAUUUCUGAACUAGGGAGCUGAUUGAGAUAUGAGACAAGGACAACCAUUUGCUUCAUGACAGUUUAUUUGCCUAGUUUGAUAUGAUGAAUUAUUCGAGCUAAUCAUUAAUCUCUGUAUUUUAUAUUAUAACUACUUAGCUUGCAAUGAAUGUAAACAGAAAGUGUUAGUACUUGACAAUAGCGCUCUUGUGUCGAACUGGGUAUUCGGGUAUUACAGGUAUUACUGCUGUUGCGAGGUGUUACAGUUGCAAUCAAUAAGAAUGAUUAACGAGCAGAGUCUAAAGAAAAUCUGAUUUUGAAUUGAAAUGUUCAUUAUAAUUAAAAGCAUCUCACUGAUACAUUAAAUGAAAUGCGUUCACACGUUGAAUAAAAUUUGAAUAAAAUUAAUUGUCAAGGUGGUCUGAUAGUUCUUAAUAACAUUUUGAUGAUCAAUUAUUUGAAAACAUCCUCCUGUUGUUUUAAAUAAAGUUUAUUUGAUUUUUCCUAUAUUUUUCUAUGGUGUUUUCUUGAGGCUGAUCACAGUAUCAUGCCCAGUUGUUAAGUAAUAUUUUUGAAUCAUAGUUUAGGUCCUCUGACAGUUCGCUUGUAUCUCCCUUCUUGAAAAUAUUCUUAUUAGGGCUGUCACGGUUAUGAAAUUUGACUGACGAUUAAUUGUCUAAUAAAUCAUUGCGAUUAUGACGAUUAAUUGUCUGUUUUCGGGCUUUGACCAUUAUGACGAUUAAUUGUCUGUUUUUGAGCUUUGACCUUUAAUUCUCAUACAUUUUUGAUUCAGCGAUUGAAACGACCAUAUUGUUCUGAAUACAAGACUAUGUUUUUUUCUUGGAAAUACAUGGGAAAAAAUUGGGUCAUCAUAUAUUUAAGAUUUAGACUUUUACCUGUCAAUAAUACAAACGCCAAAUACUUGUAAAUUAAGUAAAUUGAUCAGGUGUGAAUUGAAGCCACCAUUAAAAUGCUAUCAGUCAUAGAAAAGCUUCUAGUCUGUUUUUUUCUCACUUGCAAGACUACAAUAAAAUUUUACUUGUAUGUUCAUGAAAUUUUGGUAGACUGGUUUUCACACUGAGAUUUGCUUAAAUAAUAUUAAAUUGUACUGCAGGUAAUUUGUAUGGUACGUAUGCUUUAGUCUUUCUUUUAAGUGAUUGUGUUGUGGAGGUACAUUUUACAAGUAUUACCAUGCUUUAGUUACAAUAUAUACACUAAAAUAUGCAAUAUGCAGGCACUACAGCUCCCCCUAGUGUCUUCUAUAGAGAUGUGCAAUAAUUGCGAUGAUCUGAAACCAUCGCGAUGAGACGAUUAUUUAAUAAUCGUGACAGACCUAAUUCUUAUAUUGUAUUUGUUAAAGCCGCUGUGUGGGAUUUUUAGCGGCCACUAGUGGUGAGUUUGAGAAUUGCAACCAAUCUCUAAAUCCUCCGCGCUCCGAUCCCUUUCGAAGCACGACGGUGGCCGUCGCAGUAAAAAAAUAUUUUUCUACACUUACAAGGAAAAAACUUUACUUCUCUCAGAGGUUAUGCCCAUUUGUAGCUAAAGCUAUCAAAAAACAGUUUUCACUUACAUUGCUUGGAUAAGCUUACCGGUCCAGCAGAAACUUCGGCGUCGUUUUCAAAACAAUUGUCUUUCAUCAGCGCCUUCCAUCUGGGAAUAGCUACACCGAUGUUUAUCCUGGAUUUCUGCUGUCGUCUGUCCCUACUUCGUCUGGCAGCAUCACGUUUGCGCUUCUUUGCCGACAGAGAUACACGCUCUGUCGGCUCUUGUUCACAAUACGCAUGGUCCCCCAUUUGAUCAAAACUUCUAACAAAGAACAAUCUGUUUCGAAUAAGCCAGACUACUGUUACUAUAUUCCUCCUACUACUACUUCUUCUUCGUGCGUCUUCAACUUAAUGACAAUGCAAGUUGCCUCUAAAAAAAUACACACACGAAGAAGAACAACAUAUAUACUAAACACGUUUUGUAGAGCUGUAUGUCUGUUUAGUGUACAAAAUAAGGCAGCACAUCAUAAUUUCAUGAAUGUAGGCCUUUCUUUUAAGUGAUGUAGAUAGUAUGUAGAUAGAAAUAGCUUAUUCUAAGGUAAAACAGACAUAACGGUUCAUUACAUAAGGUCUUUAUACACCUCCGAAGACAUAGUUGUGUAUAUUAUAUUACAUUUCUGUCAAUGAAUACUCUUAAAAAUUAGAAUUUUCAAACAGACAUAUAAAAUAGGUAUAUUUGAAAUGUAUGUGUGUGUAUGUAUAUGUAUGAAUGGAUUUAAGUUCUCCAUUGCUUUGAUGGAUUUCCGUUAAUUGCACCGAGUCUACGACGGAUUUCUGUCAAUUACAGGUCUCCCGCCUGUCCUUAAUGUUUAAGUUCACUUUUCAUAAUUUUAACACUUGAACCAGAGACAGAUUCAAUCCUGUCACAUAUCACAACUAUGCAGUGCUUUCAACCACAUGUUUAUUUUAUGUUCAGACAUAUACACGUCAACUAUAAUUUGACGGAUGUGUUUUAUUCAUAUCAGAUACACAUUAAUUUAAGCAAUUGUUAAGAUCACUCUAUUCUUCUACCAGGCACUUACAUUUGUGUAUUUUGAGAGAAGUGGAUGAAUUCACGUGAUGUAAAUCCGACAGAUUUCAGACCGCGGCAGAAACAAACAUGGCAGCGCCCGCUUAGAGCUCAACUAACGCGAUCAUUAUAGAGCUCCGGAGGUUGACGUCACGCAAUCUAAACUCCGCCAUUUUGGCAGGCAUUCAGGAGAGCAUUAGAGUGGCUGUAGCAUUGAUAUCAACAGUGGUCGAACAAUCAUUUAAAACCAGACUGUUUAGACGUUACUAUUUCAACAUGGUGUACAGUUGCUGUGCACCAAGAUGCCAGCACAGGCGGGGGGAAGCAAAACAUGGAAAAUCAUUUUAAUUUGAUUUCAUGAAUGAUGUCUACUUUAAUGUUACACACAGCGAUUUAGCUAUGCUGGCUAUACAAACAGACUCGGCUAGAGUCGGUUACGUUAGCUAACAACACAGUUGACUUACCCUUCCAAAGUUAAAUAUUUAUCACGAAAUUAGACUGCUUCCAUUUGUAUCUCUCCAGGCUUUUGUUGGCCUUUCAAAGAGUCUCCGGAGUAGGACGAGUAGCAUCAAGUCGAACGCGACAUGUUCUUGAACACUUUGAUUAGCUUGUUCAGGUGUGUUUUAUCAGAGUUGGGGCUGAAUUCAACAGGAAAAUGGAUCUCGCGAGCCAGAUUUGAGUAUUACUGCUUUAUUGAUACACGUUAAAAGCACGGGGGCAUUAUAGGGACCUGUUAUGUUUAAUCUAUUAUGUUUUGCUAUGUACAUGUCUAUGUCUUUUGAAUUAAAGCGCGCAGUGAACUCUGUUGCUUUAAAACUCAUGCAGGCACCAUUCAUUUCGUAUUCGCUCACGGCUGUCCUUGCCUGCCAGUACGGUGGUGUAAAAAGAACGGGCCACGUGACCUCCAGAGCUCUAUAAAAAGUGUUUAAACAACAAAACACAUUCACAUGCACAUAGUUGACAAAUGGAAUAUCAGAUAUUUCAUGACAUAGUUAACAGUUUGUGAAAAUUCUGAGUAAAAAAAAGAAUUAUGCAAAAGCAAUUCAUCAGUCAAACAGCUGCUGUGGCUCUGCGGUGUCACAUGAUAAGCAGUGCCGUGUCGCCAUGGAAAUGUUAAAGUGAUACCUUCUUAACAGUCGCCUUGGAAAAGUCUGUAACUAGUCACUGUAGCUAGUCAAACACUGAAACGGGUGUCAGGUGUAGCCAAGCUUCAGAAAUAUGGUUUCACAGCCAAAAGGCAGAAAAAGUGAAAAGCACUCUAGAGACUUUUGCACAAAAAUAGCACUUUUUUGUCUUUCAUGGUGGUGCUGUUACUUUUUUUCUGUUAAUUAAGAGUUUCAGAAAACAUUGUUUGGUCUUAUAAGAUAAAUAAAAGCAUGCGCUGUAAAGUUAUGUACUCAUUUGUCAAGGUAAGUAUUUAUAAAAGAAAAAGGUCAACCACAUCUCUCACAACAUUCAAAAAACGACUUAAAACUCUUCUGUGAAUACUUGACAGGCACAUGAAAAAAAGUAAAGAAAAAAAACUCUCUCUUUCUCUCAACAGGUAUUGUUCUGGCUUUUGUGGAAACUAGUAACUUGCUAUUAGCACCUAUUGGGUUAUUGCUCCUGUAUGACAUGCCGCUUUAUUGCUCCCUGAACUCUCUGUAAGUCGCUUUGGAUAAAAGCUUAUGCUAAAUGACUACAUGUAAAUUUUAAAAGAUAAGCUUUUAAAAUAUGCAAACUGGCAAUAUUAAAAUGUUUCAAAACAUCUCCCCUUAAAACGCUAUUGGUCUCGACUAUUUAAAUAAAGUGUCGGUUAAAGGAAUAUGACUUUAUAUGAAACAUAAAUAUGAUUUUUUUCACUUUAAUCCAUGUGUAUAUGGGUUGUUGACGUGACAUGGCAUUUUCACUGUCACACAAGAUAAAAAUGAAUAUGAUUAGUAUUGUCAUCAUUGAAAAUGCAUUAAAUGGUUAAGCAUAUCUUUAUCUUACAUGGACCUGUUGUUAUAUAAAACUGCUUUGUUAUUAGAUUUUUUUUUUUAAUUUUGAGCCAGAUCUCAAAAUUGUCCUAUCCUUGACUGUCUCAAAAUGAAAACUUAUAAAUUAAAAUGAAAAGCACAAAAAUGUUAAUAAAUACAUCAGGCAUCAUUUUAAAGUGUCUAUUUUAGUAAAUGGCCAUUCUUUUUUCCUCCAUAUAUUUCUAAAAGCGUAGGAACUUGAUACAUUUUGUCACUGAAAACCAUGUCCUCUGGUGUGACACCAUAUCCUGAUUUUAAAUCGGGCAAAUCCACAAACAACAAUAAUUUGCUAAAAAGACCCCGUUCAAGAUCAUGCUACUUGUUACUAAAUCCCCUGUUACUGUGAGGCACAUGACGUGUGUACAUGGUAAAGUUUUGUCUCAAAAUUGUUCAAAUAUUUCACUUUUUUUGGAACAACUAUAAAAGCGUUAAGUUAUGUUGUCCUUUGGUGUGACGCCCUGAAAUUAUAUUUUUUUAUUAAAAAACUAUAUGUUAAACUACAUAAUCAUGGAAAAUUAUGCAAAUUAUUUUUGAUAGGUGUUAGCUAGGUCAUUAGCUGAGACAAAAGGCUGAAACCUCCUUAGGUGUGACGGAUAAUGUCCAAUGGAGGACAAGCUCUUUUUAAAAGCAUUUUAAACAAUUUAAUAAUAAUUGUUUAACUCAUUUCUUAUUCAUUUUUAAUCAUUUGGGGUGUUCUCAAUUUGAAUUAAUACCUUAAUUAAAAAAUUUCUGAUGUUUUUGCAGAAAAUGUAAUGUUGUAAGUGUCAUGAAAAUAAAUCAAAUGCGGUACUUCUUUGGUUUUGAGACAGAAAGAAUUGAGGGAGAAAAAUGAGUGGACGAGAGAGCACACGGGUCUAUAGAGAGAAAAUUAACAAUGAUUCACACAGAAGGGAGAAGAUCCCAAGAGAAUGACGGAAAGAAAAUACAAUCAAAAUGAUUCCUUAUAGAAAGAGCAGCCUUAUACUUUAUAAAAUUAUUUCACAUCUUAAUGAAUAUAGGUUGAAUAACAAUCAGCUGUGCUGUGCAGUAGGGAGACACUAGAAAAGAUUCAGAUGACUGACAUAGAAAAUGUUUUCUGUGUGAAACAAUUUGGAAUUUUUCUUCCAUUUUAGCUUAGAUUGUAAUGUUUUGUCUAGGAAUGUAUUAAUUUCUAAUCUAUAAAAGUUUUAAAUAUUGUCAAAGUUAAAUUUAAAAAAGUGUAAUACCUUUCUCAUUUAAUGCAAUAACUACCAUUUCUGUCCUUUGGUGUGGCAUAAUGUCCUAUGGUGUGACACAUAAAAGAACCACAAAUUUGUUUUUAUCUCGUAAUAUCUUAAAGAACAGUUUGCCUAUUGCAGUAGGGGAGUUAUAGUCAUGACUUAUCUUAAAAUAGUAUAAUUUUCAGCAGUUUUGAAAGGUUGAGAGCAAAUUUUGUCUCAUAUUUAUUAAAAACAUACAAGUCAUGGGGAAAAA